AUGGGUUGGCUCUCCCCCGUCUCUGCCCUGUCCACCUGCGCAACGCCUGGCUUUGGAGGUUUUGCGCUUUUACGCGCCGCGGUCGGCCGGACGGGGUUUUCGCUAGGGGAUUCUGAGCGUUGUAGUCCUAAACACAUACCCCACCCCCCCAAGAAAGCCAGGGAUUAUUUGACAUUUGGGCCCGCCGCUCCUGCGCGUCCUCUUUUUGUCUCCGCCACCGCGCCCUUGAGUCCACCUGCGCAACGCCUGGCUUUGGAGGAGGUAGAGACGCUGGUGGCCCACUGGAACCUCUGCCUCAACCUGGCCGGCUUCUUUGUGGGCCUCUUCUCGGUCACCUUGUUCGGGCCCUGGAGCGACCGGGUCGGCCGCCGCCCCGUCCUGGUCCUGCCAGCCUUGGGCAUGACGCUGCAGGCCGGCAUCUACCUGGGGGUCAUGUACGCCCAGCUGCCCGUGGGCUACCUCCUGGCGGGCCGGCUCCUGAGCGGCCUCUCGGGCGACUACAACCUCAUCCUGGCCGGCUGCUUCGCCUACGUGGCUGACGUGAGCGACCGGCGUGGGCGCACUUUCCGGGUGGCCAUCUUGGAGGCCUGUCUCGGCUUGGCGGGCAUGGCCGCCAGCGUCGUGGGCGGGCAGUGGCGGAAGGCCCAAGGGGGCAUCGCGCCCUUCUGGCUGGCCUUCGCGGCGAGCUUGGCCGCUGCCCUCUACGCCCUCUUCGUCCUCCGGGAAUCUGUGGCCCGGCCACGUCCGGCCAGGCUCUUCACCCUCGGCCAUUACGUGGCCGUGUGCCGCCUGUACGCCUCUCGCACGAGGGGCUGGGCGUGGAAGAAGCUCAUCCUCUACUCUGUGGCCUUCUUCCUGGUGGUCACGGUGCAUUUCGGGACCCGGGACAUCUUGGUGCUGUACGAACUCAGCGCCCCGCUCUGCUGGGGCUCGGAUCUGAUCGGCUACGGCUCGCCUGCCCUUUACUUGACCUACCUGAGCAGCUUGGCGGGGCUGCGGCUGCUGCAGAGGUGGCUGGAGGACGGCUGGGUGGCCGAAGCGGGACUGCUCUCCAACCUCCUGGGGCUGGUGACCAUCGCCGUGGCUGCCACGACGCCCGUGAUGUUUACAGGUUACGGGCUCCUCUUUCUCUCCAUGAUGGCCACCCCUGUGAUCCGAUCCAAGUUGUCCAGACUGGUGGACGAGACCGAACAAGGCGCUCUCUUCGCUGCAGUGGCCUGCCUGGAAGGGCUCUGCUCGCUGGGGGCCACGGGGCUCUUCAGCGCCCUCUACCCCGCCUGCCUGCAGUUCAUGAAAGGUUUCCCCUUCCUCUUCGGCGCCGGCCUCCUCCUCCUCCAAGCCGCCAUCGUGGGCUGGAUAGAGACCCAAGAUUCAAAGCCGGAGUACUGCCAAUUUGGCGAUGUUUCGGGCGCCCCGCAACCGGCUGCACAAGAGUCGGCUGAGCCGGAGGAGAUGUAAUCCCAAAUCGGGGAAGGAUCAAGGACCUGAGGAGCCGGCAGAGCCCUUCGCCUGGGAAGUUUGUUCUGCCUGGUUUGGUGGAGCCUGAGUUGCCCGGUGGCGGCCGCAAACUCACCUAGCCAGCCAGAAGCAGAGAAGAAGCCAAGAGACAUCUGGAGGUGUCAUGAGGACUAGAAACCUCCUUUGCAGUUUAACCUGAGUUAAAAGUGCAGGCCAGAGUUCAGGAGAGAUAGUUCUAGAAUGGAUGGGGGGAGGAGGAGGAGGAGGAGGAGGAAGAAGAAGAAGAGGGGCCGAUGUCCCCUCUGGGAUAAUCUCUCUUUCCAAGCCCAGCCAGAUGCCCUUGGCUUCUGCCGUUUUUCACCUCCGUCUCUAGGAGGAAGACAGCUAGUUUUUCCCCAGGCGUGAGGGGUUCAAACUCCAUUUCCUCAUUGCUUCAAGAGGUCUUCCUCCUACGGGGUGUGCGCGUGUGUGUGCCCAUGAGGGGCACACUGUCAUUGGGCAGGAGAUAAUAAAACCGGUGUGUCUCUCUCUCUCUCUCUGUGGGCAGAUAACAAUCUCCUUAUUGAGGGUGUUGAAAUGUGUUCCAUGUCCCGAAGGGUACAUCUCGAAGGGAGAGGAUCUGACCCCACAUCUCAGCCCCACCGGCUCAUAAAGCUCGGCCUUGGUGAUGCUUCUUGGCCGGGGUGCUUUCCCUCCCUCCAGCUAUCUCUUGUCUUGUCUGGUGCCAAUUCAAGGAACAAAGCGUUCCAAGAGAGACGGGCAGGAUCGGAAGGGGCGUAGGGGGGUGUGCUCGGUUUUCCAGGCACGUGACUCUGGCUGGUCACACCCCUGUCUUCUCCUCCUUAACAGACUUUAUCUCUGUAGGGAUGGAGAGCAGAAAAAAGAUGGAAGGCAGGUUUAUUUUU